CAAAUACAUUCCAGUUCAGGUCCAUUUCAACAUUUUCACUCGUUAGUUUUCACCCCCAAGUUGAAAGUCGAACUUCAAUCAUGGGGGACUUCAGCGAUAAUAAAAUGCAAACAAUGGUCGAUGAGAUGACGAGGUUCGAGGAAGAGAUAGGAAUGCCUUACAUUCCACCCAAAAUGGACCCUCGUACUGCUGCCAAUCCGCAGUACGUGAUUCGUACAAAUACCUUUAAUCAAGCUCAACAAAACCUUAUGCAAGGUCCCGAAACUACCAUGUUUGUACCGAAUCAAGUGUUGAAUCGGCCACAAACGAUGCCAGCUCAAGGAUCCGUGAAUCCAGCUUACCCGAGUAAUGUGAAUCCCUACAAUCAGCCGAUACCACCGCCGCCUCAACCGCCAUCUUUCGCAGCUCCAAUGAUCAUGAGACCGGAAACGAUUAAUAGACCGACCUCAACUGCGCCUGCUGUAUCUAAUCCUCCAACACAUCGACCUGAUCCGUCUUUUUUCCCUAGAAGUACUACAGCAGCUGCUGCUGCGCCUGCGGUACCUGAAAAUAAGCCCGAGACGAAUGCAGAUGGUACUCCCAAAGUUGUGUUGAGCGCUACUCCCAAGCUUUACGCUCCUAAAAUUGAAACGUACGAUUACACAAUUCCGGUCCCUUCUAGUACCAAUUACGAUUAUUCGAAACCUACCGAGUAUAAGAAAAAAAAUGACCCGAAUAAACCGGAUUACAUCAAGAAAGACGGCAAGCAAUACGCUCUACCUAGUAUUUCACCUUACGAUCCGGUAAAGAAAAGUAAAAAACAGAAAAAAUUCAUCAGGGUGUCCGGUGGACAAACUUGGGAAGAUCCUACACUAAGCGAAUGGGAAGAUGGUGAUUUUAGAUUAUUUUGCGGCGAUUUAGGAAAUGACGUAACCGACGAAUUAUUGACUAGGAUAUUCAGCAGGUAUCCUUCUUUUACGAAGGCUCGAGUAGUCCGCGAUAAACGUACGAAUAAAACCAAAGGAUUUGGAUUUAUAUCUUUCAAAGACCCGCAAGAUUUCAUCAAAGCUUCUAAAGAAAUGAAUGGUCGAUACGUCGGAAGCCGUCCGAUCAAAUUAAGGAAAAGUACGUGGAAGAAUCGUAAUUUAGAUAGCGUUAAAAAGAAGGAAAAAGAGAAAGCAGCUUUGAUAGCGUUACUCACUGGUAAAAAUUAAUCUGAAUGCAAUUGUCAUCUCGUGUAGAAUGCACACGUUGUAAAUAAUUUCGUAAUAAAUGUUUUUUUCGUUU